AGCUAUGGAAUAAACGCCACUUUCCGGGAAGACCAGUCAAUAAGCUGAAAGCCAGCUCUUUGGGUGAUCAUCCCAUUUUAGGUUAAAGGAAUCGGGUGCUUGAAAAUCUGAAUAUGGGUGGGCAAAGCAUAGCACAUGCUCUUCUGAUUCCCUUUCCUGCCCAAGGCCACAUUAAUCCCAUGAUGCAGCUCGCCUGGAAGCUCGUCUCUGAUGGUUUCCUCGUUACCUUCCUCAACACUGAGUUCAACCACAACCGAAUUAUGCAAGCCAAUAUUAGAAACCCUAACUAUAAUAACUGCGACAGCAUCCGAAUGAUAUCCAUUCCUGAUGGAUUGCCGCCGGAUGACAAGCGAAACAACAUUCCAAAUCUAUUGCAGGCAUUGGAAAACAGCAUGACACCUUCUGUCAUUGAGAGGAUUAUUGAGGAGAUAAACAUGAGAGAAGAAAAGAACAAGGUCACCGGUAUAAUAGCAGAUGUGUGGACAUGUUCGGGGUUGAAGGCGGUGGCCGAUCUCUAUCAGAUUCCUCUCGUUGGUUUCCAUACAUCGCUUGUCGCCAACUGUGCCAUCCGCUACUUUGGUCCCAGGCUUGUCUCUCUUGGGAUCCUUGGUCCAGAUGGAGCUCCAAAUGAAGCGAAGAAAAUGAAGUAUAUUCCCUCAAUAGCGCCGCUGCGUUGUGGAGAUCUUCCAUGGUUGUACAGCGGGGAGUACAUGUUUAAGAGAAGCAUCCGAAUGGGAGAAGAUAUAAAGCAGAUCAAGUGGGUUCUCAGCAAUUCCUUUUACGAGCUUGAGGCUCCAGUGGUUGAAGAGUUAUCCAGAGAAGUGAGGGUAUACCCAAUCGGUCCUUUGAUUCCAGAUGAAUUUCUCGACGGCGAUAAGCGGAGGACAAGCAAAGCCCUCCCAAGCUUCUGGGCAGACGAUGUGGAAUGUGUAGAAUGGUUAGACAAACAGCCUGCCCAAUCUGUGAUCUACGUAUCCUUUGGCAGUCUGGCAGUGUGGAGCGAAAGACAAGUGGAGGAGUUCGCAGCGGGUUUGGAGGCCACGGAAAGACCAUUUCUCUGGGUUGUUCGUUCAGAUCUGAUGGAAGGCAGCAAACCCAUUUUUGAGCCAGGAUUUCUAGAACGUGUGACAGGCAGGAGCUGCAUAGUUUUGUGGGCGCCACAGUUAGAGGUGUUAUCUCAUCCUUCCAUAGCUUGCUUUGUGACUCACUGUGGAUGGAACUCUGUACAGGAGAGUAUCACCAUGGGUGUGCCCAUGCUCUGCUCGCCUUAUUUCGCAGAUCAGUUUCUUAACCGCACAUAUAUUGUGGAUGUCUGGAAGGUUGGACUGUCUUUGGAAUCGAAUAAGGAUGGAAUAAUAGAGAAGGGCGAGAUUACUAAAGUCGUUGACAGAUUACUUGUGGGAGAAGAUGGUCCAGAGAUAAGGGAGCAAGUCACCAAAUUAAUGAGAACUAGUAGAGAUACGGUGAAGGAAGGAGGUUCCUCGUUCAACAACUACAGUUUACUUGUUCACCAGAUGACUGACAAAUCUUCAGAGAUCUUGUUGGCCAGAGAUUCAUUUCGAGUUUGUGGUUAGGAGCACGCUGGACGGUUGAAAUGACCACUGCUUCGGCCCAAAUGUUUAAAAUAUAAUGAUAAGUUUUAGUGACGGGUUUUGAGUGUUUAUAUCACGUCAAAUAAAAUGUAUAAUCAUAUUCUUUUCGAAGCUGUUUUGUCAUAAGUAACAGUGUUAUCAUUUUUGGGGGGUUGAGGUCGUCUUUUCCGUCACUCGUUAUGGGAAACCUCCCAAGGUCACAAAUCCCAUAUUUGUCUAUACAAGUUGUCCUUGUAUGCAGUCCGUAGUCUUGUUUUAUAUGCUGUCUUUUAAUGUAUGGAAGGCCGUGCCUCUUUAGGUACUAAUUUCAUAAACAUUCAGUUGAUGAUGUAAUUGCAGAAUAUUUUUUAAUUUCGGGAAUGUUUACAUUUUAUGUAA